GCCGCAGCCCCGAGCCCGGUCGCCUCACUUGGCGGACGUGAGGCCUGUAGUAAAGAGUAAAGCCUGAGGUAGAUUACCCCUCCCAUCGAGCACGUUAGUUUCCUGCUUACCGCGUAAGCAACCCGCUCAACAAUAUAGUCUGCCUGGCAACUGAUGAUGUUAGCCAAUCAGCUUGCCUUGCUUACUUUAACAUGAUUGGACACUGUAUCCGUAUAUAUACUGGUGCCACCCCUGGGGGAAAGAAGAAGCCCGGAAGUAGAAGCCCAGAAGGAGCCGCGGGGAGCGGACCAAAGGAGGCUUCGGCUGGGAGCGAUCCCAGGGCAGGCUGUACGGAGAAGGAAAAUAAAAGAAAAGGUUGUCCACUGCCAGGCUUUGUCGUGUGUCCUUCCUGCCGGCCGGGAGCGACAUCGACAUUUGGAGGCCCGCACGGGGACUGAUCACCCCCGAGACGUGACAGCGGACAACGCUCCAGUACAGAGCUGCGAGACAGGAAUCGGGACGAGAACCACUGUGGGUACCGGAGAGACUGACACGGGCGACAAAGCCCUCGACUGAAGAUCAGACCUGCCCUACCGGAGAUCCAUCACAGACCGACCAACAAGAUGAAUAGAAAUAGCGGUAGCCCGAAAUGGACAAGAAGAUCCUCAGGCAUAUGCAUGGCUCGCUCGCCUAGCCUACGACCGAGUCUAGGGGUGGUGAGCUUCCCACACUCCUCCUCUAAAAAAUUAUGACAUAGCUGGGUAGGAGAGUCAAUGACGGGUAAGAGCGUACUCCCCCGGUGCGACUCAACCUAAGCCAGGCCCUACCCCAUCCUGCACGUAAGCCGCUGGACUGUUAGAUGCUGCCCAGGUCUAAAUUUCUCUCCGAGGGGAUUUCUUUACGGAGAGGAAAUGAGUGCAAGCUUGUGUGCAUCCAGGUUCCGUCCAGUUUGUGCCUGGCCCUAGAAAAAGGACGAGGGCCUCAGGGCCUUGGCAGACCAUGGGACGGCCGACCAGGGUCUAAGCCAAGGACCUACGGUGGGCCUACGCAUAGGGCAUAAGCCUCUGCACCCAGUCCAGAAAGGGCUACGAUGCGCACAUUCAUAAAAAAUAAAAAAGGGGGAGAUGUUGGGAGCCGCAGCCCCGAGCCCGGUCGCCUCACUUGGCGGACGUGAGGCCUGUAGUAAAGAGUAAAGCCUGAGGUAGAUUACCCCUCCCAUCGAGCACGUUAGUUUCCUGCUUACCGCGUAAGCAACCCGCUCAACAAUAUAGUCUGCCUGGCAACUGAUGAUGUUAGCCAAUCAGCUUGCCUUGCUUACUUUAACAUGAUUGGACACUGUAUCCGUAUAUAUACUGGUGCCACCCCUGGGGGAAAGAAGAAGCCCGGAAGUAGAAGCCCAGAAGGAGCCGCGGGGAGCGGACCAAAGGAGGCUUCGGCUGGGAGCGAUCCCAGGGCAGGCUGUACGGAGAAGGAAAAUAAAAGAAAAGGUUGUCCACUGCCAGGCUUUGUCGUGUGUCCUUCCUGCCGGCCGGGAGCGACAUCGACAUUUGGAGGCCCGCACGGGGACUGAUCACCCCCGAGACGUGACAGCGGACAACGCUCCAGUACAGAGCUGCGAGACAGGUGAGUUGGGGAUAAGCCUGGGCUCUGGGUGGCGCGCACCUAUAGGGCUUUUAGACUCCCCUCAGGCUCACGCGUAAGUGGCGGAUUCCUUGGGCCUCACGCGGUGAGUAACAUAUUAAAAGAUGGGAAACAUGCUAGGUACCAACACUAAGAGCGAGGGUGGUUGUGGAGAAAGCUCUCAAGAGCUUACAAAAGUACGCAGGGUAUCUGAGCAGGCCCAGUCGGGGAGCUCCCGAGAGGGGCCCGUCAAGGGGAACAAAGAUGCUAAGGAGAAGGACGGGGCUCUAGCCUCGGAGUCGUCUGACUCCGAGGACGAGGGAAAGUUGAAUGGCAAGGAGGCCAAAGAGACCAGCUGUCAGGAGCCUAAGUCGCUCGAUAAGGAGUCGCAGGGUUCCUUCCCAGCGUUGCGCCGUGAAUUGCGCUCCGCUCAACUUGGUCUGCGGAGGAGUAGGGAGCUCCUGAGCGCUCCCCGGCGCGAGAGGGAGGCGAAGCCUUCCGCCCCACCUUGGGGGCUGUUCCCGGAAGCGAUCCCUCGCCACGAGGCGGCCGCCCGGGAGCUCCCUUCCUCUUCGCCAGAACAGGAAGUGAUGCACGGGCCCCCAUUUUCCGCCCAAUCACGGCCGCCGUCUUAUGCUCCGCCGCCGGCGGGUCGGUAUUUUUACAGGCGGCUUUGGCAGGGGGGACGUUUGUCUCAUGAGGUACAUCCACCACCUGGGAUAGAUAGUGGCCCCUACGGGAUAUUUCCUGUACAAGUAGCUAUGGGCCAGGGACGUAAUGCAUGGGAGCCUUUUGAGAUAAAGCAGAUUAGAGAACUUAAAAAUGCAGUUACAACCUUUGGGCCGACUGCGCCUUACACCAUUGCCAUGCUGGAGAACCUGUCUUCUGGGCCCCUCACCCCCGCGGACUGGAUUCAGCUGGCAAAGGCGUGUCUGCCCUCGGGUAGUUACCUGGAUUGGCGAGCCUGGUACACAGAGUUCUCUGCCGAGCAGGCUGAGAAAAACGCCGGUCGAGGAAAUGGGGGCUGGAGAUUUAGCUUAGCGGCAUAAGCGCCUGCCUUGUAAGCAGGCAAUCACCAGUUCGAUCCCUGGUACCAAUAAAAAAAAAAAAAAAAAAAAAAAAAAACGAAAAAGAUAAAAAUAAAAAAUAAAAAACAAAAAGGGGGAGUAAGCCAAGGCCUGCCUCCAAAGGCGCGGUUAUCUAUGGCAUGACAAUGGAUGGGCCCGGAUCCGGUAAUCAGCUGGAACCGAGGCGCGGUUUGUGUUUUCCCACAGGAAUCGGGACGAGAACCACUGUGGGUACCGGAGAGACUGACACGGGCGACAAAGCCCUCGACUGAAGAUCAGACCUGCCCUACCGGAGAUCCAUCACAGACCGACCAACAAGAUGAAUAGAAAUAGCGGUAGCCCGAAAUGGACAAGAAGAUCCUCAGGCAUAUGCAUGGCUCGCUCGCCUAGCCUACGACCGAGUCUAGGGGUGGUGAGCUUCCCACACUCCUCCUCUAAAAAAUUAUGACAUAGCUGGGUAGGAGAGUCAAUGACGGGUAAGAGCGUACUCCCCCGGUGCGACUCAACCUAAGCCAGGCCCUACCCCAUCCUGCACGUAAGCCGCUGGACUGUUAGAUGCUGCCCAGGUCUAAAUUUCUCUCCGAGGGGAUUUCUUUACGGAGAGGAAAUGAGUGCAAGCUUGUGUGCAUCCAGGUUCCGUCCAGUUUGUGCCUGGCCCUAGAAAAAGGACGAGGGCCUCAGGGCCUUGGCAGACCAUGGGACGGCCGACCAGGGUCUAAGCCAAGGACCUACGGUGGGCCUACGCAUAGGGCAUAAGCCUCUGCACCCAGUCCAGAAAGGGCUACGAUGCGCACAUUCAUAAAAAAUAAAAAAGGGGGAGAUGUUGGGAGCCGCAGCCCCGAGCCCGGUCGCCUCACUUGGCGGACGUGAGGCCUGUAGUAAAGAGUAAAGCCUGAGGUAGAUUACCCCUCCCAUCGAGCACGUUAGUUUCCUGCUUACCGCGUAAGCAACCCGCUCAACAAUAUAGUCUGCCUGGCAACUGAUGAUGUUAGCCAAUCAGCUUGCCUUGCUUACUUUAACAUGAUUGGACACUGUAUCCGUAUAUAUACUGGUGCCACCCCUGGGGGGGAAGAAGAAGCCCGGAAGUAGAAGCCCAGAAGGAGCCGCAGGGAGCGGACCAAAGGAGGCUUCGGCUGGGAGCGAUCCCAGGGCAGGCUGUACGGAGAAGGAAAAUAAAAGAAAAGGUUGUCCACUGCCAGGCUUUGUCGUGUGUCCUUCCUGCCGGCCGGGAGCGACAUCGACAAAGGACAAAGAAGGUCACUACAUACUCGUAAGGGGAAAACUCCAA